UUCUGUUCACAAAUCCACAGCUCGUUGUUGUUUCUGAGUCAUUAUUUCUGGCAAGCAACAAAGGAAAAAUCAUAAACAAAUAAAAUGGCCGCAUUAAAAGCCUUAUUAUUAGUGCGUUUCUCACAUGUUUGGGAAUGACCUUUUUGAUAUUAGCCUGCGCAGUUCCCACACCAAAGUUGUUCUGGCCUUUUUUCGUACUCCUUUUCUACGUGCUGUCGGUGCUACCAGUAAUCAUUGCGAAUCGCACCACACCGGGUAAUGAAACAAAUCCGAAAACGGAAUUCGCCUUAUUUUUGACCGCUGGCAUGGUUUUAAGUGCCUUUGCUUUGCCUAUUGUAUUGGCGCACGCCAAUGUGAUUACUUGGAUGGCUUGCACAUUUACGCUAAUUGGCAACGUUAUUAACUAUGCUACAAUGUUCGGGUAUGCUAUGCGAGACGAAGGCUUCGAUGCGCCUUAUGGGGGCAUGUUUUAAGUGCGACUGGACAAAGGCCAACAGAAGUGAGGCAUUUUAAUUUUAGUAGUGUAGUCCUUCGUGCAUUUAAUUGCACGUCAUCGAGGCUACAGUUAAUCUCAAAUCAUGUAUUCGACAUUAAAAUAUACAAAUAUGCAUAUGUACAACGGAAAAUAAUAAAAAUACGCCAUGAAAAUAGAUAAA